GGCAGCGAUGGCGUCGAAGACCGAGACGCUGGGGCAGACUAAGCAGCGCCACAAGCUGGAACUGCGCAAUCUGCAGAACGACGUCAAGGCAUUCCAGAAGAAGGCCAAGAAGGACCGACUGAGCAAGAAGGACAUCGAGACGCAGGUCGCAGCAAUGGAGAGCGCACUCAAAGAGCGUCACAAGCAGGAGCUCAAGGCUUUCGAGACGGAGACGGACGACCAGGACGCCGCCGACAGCUCCCCUGCCCCCGCUGAGGCUGAGGCCGAGACGGAGACCGCAGUGCCGUCCAAGCAGGCCAAGGCGCAGCGCAAGCGCGAGGCCAAGAAGCAGCAGGAGCGCGAGCGCCGCGAGCGCAUCGAAGAAGCCAACAAGAACACGGUGAGCGAGCGCCAGAUCGAGGCCGACGUGAUCGCGGCCCAGCUGGCCAGACACGGACUCCAGAUCAAGGACAUCCCGUCCGACGGCCACUGUAUGUACCACGCGGUGGCGGACCAGAUGAAGCAGAAGAACCUGCCGAUCGGAGACGUCGUGGCGGGCUUCCAGUACCUGCGGAAGCUCACGAGCGACUACAUGCUCGCACACGAGGACGACUUCCUGCCCUUCAUGGCGCUAGACGAGGCGGCUGCCAGUCCGGAAGAGGCGUUUGCGACCUACUGUGACAGAGUGGCGAAUACGGCGGACUGGGGCGGACAACUUGAGCUUCGAGCGCUCGCCUGCGCGCUGCGGACCCCCAUCGAGGUUUUCUCGGCGGAAGGCGACGUGCUCGUGAUGGGAGGAGAGUUCUUGAAUGAGGACGAUGGAAAUGCGACCAAGCUGCAGCUGACGUACCACCUGCACUACUACACGCUCGGCGAGCACUUCAACUCGGUCACGCCCAUGUAG